UUAUUGAGGGCGGCCAGAGAGGUGCUUCGGCUCAACUACGGAAGCAGGAGAGUCUUCUUCUGCUCGGAUAGUAGGGCUGCACUCAUGGCGCUGAAGUCAUGCAAAGGGGUACUGAGGAGGGUGGCUGAGGAGAGAAAGGUCACGUUGGUCUGGGUCCUGGGUCACACCGGUGUCCGGGGCAAUGAGGCAGCGGACGCCUUAGCCAGGGAGGGCUCCUCGCAUAGGCAUAUAGGGCCAGAGCCCCGCUUGGGGAUCGCCCCGUGUGUGAGGCGGGGAGCUCUCGAAGCCUGGGCGAGAGACCGGGCCGCGGGGGGCUGGAGAGUUGCUCCGGGAAUGAGGCAGGCGAGGCUUAUGAUGGAUGGGCCCGCCCUUCCUCGGACCAGGGAGCUGCUUAGACUGACCAGGAGGGAGUGUAGAGCACUAACAGGGGCCUACACAGGACAUUGCAGGCUUAGGAGGCAUCUCUGCUUGCUAGGCAUUGGAGACGACCCGGAGUGUAGGUGGUGCAUGAAAGGGGAGGAGACCUCGUAUCAUCUGCUCACUGAGUGCCCUGCCUUGACAUGGGCAAGAUUGGGAGUCUUCGGAACGGCCCUGAUCGAUCCGGACUCAGUGCACGGUAUUGGGCUAAAGGAGUUGCUGACCUUCUACAGGAGGGGCGGCAUUCUGGACGCCCUCUAGAGCGGCCUGGGGGCAC